AUGACCUCUAAUGUUCCGAAAGGGAACAUCGGACAAUACGAAGAGAUCCAUGUUCACCAAGUCUAUGAAGAAAUAGCUUCACACUUCUCUUCAACUCGCUACAAGCCGUGGCCAAUCGUCGAGCGCUUCCUCAAGGAUCUUGCCCCAGGCUCAGUUGGUCUUGACAUUGGCUGUGGGAACGGCAAAUAUUUAGCUGUUAACCCAAACGUCUUCAUCGUGGCCUCUGAUCGAUCUGUCAACCUGGUCAAGAUUGCGAGCAAGCAUCAGCCUCAUAGCUAUCUGCUUGCGGAUAACCUGACUUUGCCACAUCCGCUUGGAUUCUUCGACUUCGCAAUAUCAAUUGCCGUGGUCCAUCACCUGUCCACACCUCAGCGUCGGAUUCAAGCAGUGGCUGCUGUUCUCGAAUCGCUUCGACGAUCUACAGGAGCAGAGAUUGGGGGAAGAGCGUUGAUAUACGUGUGGGCACUCGAACAGAGGCACAGCCGCCGAGGCUGGGACGAAGGUGAUGAUCAAGAUGUCCUGGUACCCUGGGUGAUGAAGCAGGGGCCCGAAGAGGGCAAGACUUUCAAUCGCUACUAUCACCUGUACCGCCAGGGAGAGCUUGAACAUGACAUUGUCGAAGCUGGAGGCGUAGUUUUGGAAUAUGGGUAUGAAAAGGAUAACUGGUGGGCGAUUGCUGCACCCAAGCCGCCAUGA